UCCAAAUCCGCUCGCUUCCCACGCAACGCUUCGCGAAGCAUUUUGUCACUUUGUUCACUUGAUUUCGCCACGAAACGCACGGUGCGCACUGCCCAAGUGAACGCACGGACUGUUCACUCUCUUUCCUGAAGACUGAGUCGGUGAACCAAUUACAGUUAGUCAAGAGUUUGUCCACUCACCGAAACUAAAUUCGAAGUUGCCGCGGAACAGUAUUCAUUAAUAGUCUCCGAAAGAAAGCUCAAACACUAAACGGUAAAUUCUGCGCUAACAGUAUUGAUUUGAAAAGAUUUGUACAAUUUAUAUUUCCAAUAUUAUUGAUAUGAUAUCAGCAUGAAUAUACGUUAUAUGUCACGGACGCAUUACGCAUAAUUCAGGCAUUACAAAUAGACUGUAGGUGUUCGCCCACUAUAGGUGAGUUGCCAAAUGCUCUUUCCUUCAUAGACAAGCUACCAAACAGCACGGUUACUGCCGGCUGCGAAGAGAGCGCAAUGCAGUGCUCUAUAUUAACAAACCAUCUGGUGCAGCAUGUCCUAGAAGCAGACAAAGGGAACAAUGCAACACUCACGUCAUGGUGUUUCGAUGACCUUACAAGUGAUGGCGACAACUACAGCACCUAUGUGACUAGUGUCAAGGUGGCAUAUUCUCAAGGAGGAGCAGCUCUUGAAACUACAUAUGUGGCUAAGUUAAAUCCCUGCGGAAAUGUGAGUAAAUCUGGAAGUUUGACUUCCUCAAUGUUUGAGAAGGAAGGCCAGUUUUACACCAAGUUGGAGCCCGCUUUGAGUUUGGAAUUGACAGCUUUGGGUCAUGAGAGCCUUAGAGUUCCUACUUUUUUUUAUGUUUCUUUGGAUCGAGGUCAUGAAGUGAUGAUCAUGGAGAAUUUGCAAGUCCAUGGGUUCCGGAUGAAUGACCGAAAAAAAGGGCUGGAUGUUAUUCAUGCUACUUUGGUAAUACAGGAGUUAGCUAGACUUCAUGCAGCUUCAAUAUUACUAAAGAUUAACAAAGGACCCGAAUUGUUAAAUGAAGUUUUGAGCAAAGACUGGAUGAACUUCGAUAAAACAACACAUGAUUUCUUAAAACUUAAGUAUUCUGGGCAUGUUGAUAAUGCUAUUGUUACCCUGGAGAAGAUCGGGGGCUACGAUAAGACAGUUGCUUGGCUGCGAGAUUUGAAGCCUCGUGCACUAGAGAUUCUAGAAGACCAAGCCAAGGACGCAGGCCCAUUUAAUGUCGUCAGCCAUGGUGACUGCUGGAACAACAACCUGUUAUUCAGGUACAACGCCGAAGGAAAACCCGUGGAGGUAAUGCUGCUCGAUUUGCAGCUGAUUCGUCAAGCCUCCUUGGCAAUAGAUCUAAAUUUCUUUCUCUACACUAGUCUUGAUGGGCAUACAAGGAGAAGCAACAUAACCUCCUUUUUGGAUACUUACUACGAAUGUUUCAAGUCUGUCAUUGAAUCGGCCCAACGAGACAUGCCGUUCACUCAGGAAGCUUUCAAACAGGAGUUCGUUGAUAAGCACCUGUAUGGCUUUUUAUUCGCAAUUUUUAUCAUUCCACUUUCCGUGUGUAGAAGUGACCAGCUUCCAAAAGGGUUAACAGACUCCUUUGGGAAAAAACAGGAAAACCUCAUGCUCGAUAUGUUAGACAGCAAUCCGUUGUUUAGGCCACGCUUUCUCGCUCUUUUUGAUGAGAUGAUGGAAGAUGGGAUCAUCACAUGCAGCAUACCAUGAAUUCCUUUGUGAGUAACUAUGUAUGUAGGGGAUUAGACACACAAAAACACAGGCACACACACACACACACACACACACACACACACACACACACACACACACACACACACACACACACACACACACAACACACACACACA